CACUGAUGAAAAUUAGAGGUUAGGGCAAGAGUGACAUCUAGCUUGUCAAAAACACACAAAUAAAACAAAAUAGACAUAUUUCAAAUAAACCACAUCUUCGUUAACAAUGAAAUAUUGGACUGAGAAGGAGAAACUUCAACUUUUACUAGCUUUACAAAAAUGUGGUAGCAGUAAUCUAGAGGUCCUGCAAAAAGAAAUUCCUCAGAAAACAGUUGGAGAAAUUCGACUGGAGAUUGAUAAGUAUUCUGCAUUAGGUAAGGCAGCAUGGCAGAAGAAGGAACGAGAAGCUUGCGGCUCAGAUCCCUCAAUGCAACAAUGGGUUAGCAUAAUUAAAAAAUUGUACCUUCUUAAUCGUGGAGAAGUGACCGAUGUUAUACCCAGAGUUUUAAAAUAUAUCGCACUAUUUGAAGAAGGAGAAACCAAAGGAGAGAUAAAUUUGAGUGAUUGCUACAGAAUAUUAUCUGACAUAUCCUACGGAUUAGCAUCCAAAGAAAUUGACAACACUCAGAGUUAUUUCUUUUACAAAUGUCUACACAAACUUUCGUUACGGCUGAAGAAAGAAGAUUUAAGCGAACAUCGGGCGUUCCUUAAUUCCAUCGAUGAUUUCGCUCAGCUCAACCAAAUGCAACCUGGUGAAAAGAAAGAUGUGUUGAAUCCAUUAAACGUACCUUCCGACCUUCUACUACCGACUUCUGGAGACAUGACAGAAAAUUUCUUGGAACCAGACAUUAUUUUAAAUAAAACACUUACUUGAAACAUA